AUGAGGGGUGAAGAAUUCGGAGAACGCAUGUCGGAAACUUCCACUGCACAGGUGCAAGGAGGCAUCAGCGGGAGCCUCCGCAGCUUCGUGACCGCCUUCCUGUCCGGGAGGACCUUCUGCGUCCGUGUUGGAAGGGAGACCAGCCGACCCAGGGACAUCACCGCAGGUGUACCACAGGGAUCCGUGCUGAGCCCCCUUCUCUUCAACAUGGCGAUGGCGGGACUUCCAGCUUCUCUCCCGACAGGCACCAAGUUUCCGACCCGCUGCUCCGUCUACGCUGACGACGUAGCACUCUGGGCCCGGGGACCAAGGCAGUCCAUCCCAGCCAUCAGGAGGUCACUGCAGGCGGCCCUGGAUGCAGUCAUCACCUACCUCGGAGGCAUCGGACUCAAGGUCUCCGCCACCAAGACUGAGGCCCUGCUGAUCCACCCGCUGGCGGCGGCACGGACGUACGUGAAACGGCUGAGGGUCGGCAACCGCAGCCUGCCAUGGAAGCCGACGGUGAAGUACCUGGGGCUCACCAUCGACCACCGGCUCACCUGGAUACCAGCUGCCAAGGCCGCCGCCGCCCAGGUCAGACGUGUUCAGGGAGCCAUCAGCAAGCUGCAGCAACGUGGCCGAGGCUGUUCCACCAAGUGGGCACUACGGCUCAACCAGGCCUCGGCGUCCUCGGUCCUGCUGUACGCCUUCCCACUGGUGACCCUGACCCCGGCCAGGAGACUCCACCUGGAGGGACUUCACAGGAAAGCUCUGAGGGCCAUCCUGGGGCUCCCCAAGUGCUCCCCCGUGGCAGCGACUCUCGCCGAGGCGGGAGAGUGGCCCCUGUCCCUACGCAUGCUCCAACGUGCCCUGGGGCACAUCGACCGCCUUCACCGUGCAGCCGACGGCAGGACCCUCCUGGAGCGCCUUCGCAGCCAGCCAAGGUCACGGAUGGGCGGACUCUGUCAACUCUACCACCAGAUGGUCCCGGAUCCGCCAGUUCCGGUCACGCGUCCGCCUCCUCAUCACCGACCACCCGAGGUCCACCUGUCCUUGGAUGGGGCCACCAAGCGCCGCACGCCUGCGGCAGCACUGCAACAGGCUGCCACCUCCAAGCUCCAGGAGCAACUGGAAGGGCGACUACAGGUCUUCACCGACGGAUCCGUCAUGCCAGACGGGACUGCAGCGGCAGCGUGCGUCAUCCCGUCCAAGGCCAUCAGCAGACAGUGCCGGCUGCCCUUCCCGGCGAGCUCCACGGCUGCGGAGUUGGCUGGACUUCACCUGGCGGCGGACCUGCUGGCCGAGGGCAUCCCAGCCGAGCCGAUUGCGGUCCUCUGCGACAGCAAGGCGGCACUGCAGACGCUGGCCAACCAUCGCCGCGCCGGGCUCACUGGAAACCUCCUGGCAACCAAGUUCCGGGCCCUCGCGGCAUCCGGGGCAUCCGUCUCCUUCCACUGGCUGCCCUCUCACGUCGGCAUAGCUGGCAACGAGGAGGCGGACAGACUGGCCAAGGCAGCACACCAGCCAGGCAUCCCCAUCACCCAGGCCGUGGCGGCCAGGGACUACUCGCAGGCCCGCCUCAAGAAGCUCCUCGUCACAGUCCACCCGGACCGGAGGGUGGCCAACGGGCAGGGACCAAAGCCUCUCCCAGAGACGGGCCUCACCAGGAGGGAACAAGCCUCCCUGCUGCGACUGCGGACCGGCUGUGUGUGGACCGCGGCCCGCCGCUACCUGAAGGGUCGCUGCGCCUCCCCGGCCUGCAGCCGCUGCGGCGACCCCGAGACCCUCGAGCACCUCCUUUGUACCUGCCCCGGAUUGGCAAAGGAACGCUCGACAGUCACCACAGCCUACCGGAGGCAGGGCCUUCCUGCCACUACCCUGGAGCACCUCCUCUUCCCAUCCCGUUCCCAUCUACCAGCGCUCCGCAGCCUGGCGGAUUUCAUCGAGGAGACGGGAAUCGCGGCCUACCACUGAGACC